GUUUUUGACCUAGGUAUAAAUUAUACACAUCCCUAAAUAAAAACCCACCAGCGUUUCACCAAUCCCUUGAGAUUAUUGCUGCUUCUUCUCAAACUCUAGGGUUUCAGUGAUCGGCAGAUUUACGCAUCCACAACAUGGCGACUCAGAUCAGCAAGAAGAGAAAGUUUGUAGCUGACGGUGUUUUCUACGCCGAGUUGAAUGAGGUUCUCACAAGAGAGCUUGCAGAGGAUGGUUACUCAGGUGUGGAGGUUAGGGUUACUCCAAUGAGGACUGAGAUUAUCAUCAGAGCCACCCGUACUCAGAAUGUUCUCGGUGAGAAGGGGAGGAGAAUCAGGGAAUUGACAUCACUUGUCCAGAAAAGAUUCAGGUUUCCUCAAGACAGUGUCGAGCUCUAUGCAGAGAAGGUAAACAACAGAGGUCUCUGUGCCAUUGCUCAGGCUGAGUCUCUCCGUUACAAGCUCCUCGGUGGACUUGCUGUCCGAAGGGCUUGCUAUGGUGUCUUGAGAUUCGUCAUGGAGAGUGGAGCUAAGGGAUGUGAGGUCAUUGUGAGUGGAAAGCUCCGUGCUCAACGUGCCAAGUCAAUGAAAUUCAAGGAUGGUUACAUGGUUUCCUCUGGUCAACCCACCAAGGAGUACAUUGACUCUGCUGUUAGACAUGUCUUGCUUAGACAGGGUGUGCUUGGAAUCAAGGUCAAGGUCAUGCUUGACUGGGACCCUAAGGGAAAAACAGGACCGAUGACACCAUUGCCUGAUGUUGUGAUCAUCCAUGCUCCUAAGGAAGAGAGUGUCCACCUCGCACCUGCUCAGGCUGUUACUCCUGCUGCUCUUGUACCGGAAGCAGCCCUCACAGCCGUAGACUACCCUGAGAUGAUCCCAGUCGCUUAAAAGGCUAGAAGAAACUCUUUUGUUACUACUUCCUUGGAAUGCUUCUUUUUUUGUUAUAACUUUUCUGCGACUCUUGAUGAUACUCGCUAGUUGUUUUUUCUUUUAUCCUCGAAGCAGACAAGUUUUUUACAUAAGUAAGAUUUUUGGUGGUUUAAUGCAUUCAGUUCUAUGAAAAUUUUUUGGUCCUA